AUGCCCUUCCACGACCGCGUCCAACUCCUCACCGACCAGCUCGGCCUUGCCGGGGUCGAUGUGCUGGGGGGGCUGUUUGACCUCACGGCCCAGCGGCUGGUGCGGCUCGCGGUGGCGAUUACCCGAAAUCAGUACGACGGCGAGGACGCCGUCCAGGCCGUCAUGACGCGGAUCGCCGUGCGGCCCGAACCGCUCCGCGCGGCACAGGCGCCGUGGGCGUAUCUGCUGCGGAUGGUGCGGAACGAGGCCCUGCUCAUCGCCCGCAAGAAGAAACGCUGGAUCACGACGACGCACUCGAUCACCGACCUGGUGACCCGCCGCCGUGUCGAUGAGCUUGAGCAAGAGGACACCCACCGGGCGGUGUGGACGGCUCUGCGGUCGCUGCCGGCGGCUCAGGCGGAGGUCGUGGUGCUCAAGACUUGGGAGGGAAUGACCUUCGCCCAGAUCGCCGAGGUCCUUGAAGAGUCGCCCAAUACGGUCGCCAGCCGUUAUCAGUACGGUCUGCAGAAGCUUGCCGACCGGCUCAAGAAGGCGGCGGCCGAGGCGCUUCUCCAAGCGGCCGGCGGCUACGUCGGCCCCUCGGAAGACCUGCGUCCCCGGGUGCUCGAAGAGGCGACGCCCUCGCACCGUGUCGCCCGCUUCGUCGCCGCUAGCGACGCCACAAGCAAAUCGACCGGCGAGGGCUUGUGGGCGCUGGUGGACGCGUUCUUCGCGGUCCGCGGCCAACGGGACCGCCGAUUUGGCGACCCGCACUGGCCCCCAAUGGACGGCAAUCGUUCUCAGUCGCUAAGUGACCUCGACGAGCUGCUCGUGUCGCUCGACGAAGCGGGCGUGGCGCUCGACCUUGGCUUCGGACCGGGGUCCUUGCGAGAGCAGCUCCACCAUGGCGUCGCGACGCCCGCUCCCUAUCGCCAACUCGUCGCCCACUGGGACGCCGACGACGAGAUAGAGGUAAGCAGCCACCGCGUCGCCGCCCUCGACCGCGCCCUGGCGCCGGCCCAAGAGCACAACGUCUACGGCGGGCGGAUGGCGACCGGACUCGCCUACCCGGCGGUGGUCGCGACGCUCGCCUGCGUGAUCGCCGCGGUGAUGGGCUACCAGCUGCUCCCGAUCUAUGAAUCGACCUACGAACAACUCUACGAGCCGGUGAGCCCAGCCGUCGCCCGGCUGCAAGUCCUCCGGACUCUGACGCCCUUGUGGCUGGUGGCGGUUCCCCUCGGCAUCGCCUACGGCGUCCGGUGGGCCAAGCGGAGCGACCAUUCGAUCCGGGCGCCACGGCGGCGCACCAAGCUCGCCGAAUGGGCCGAGCGCUCCGGCAGCGAAGCGGACCGCCGAGCGGUCGCUGGACUUGAAGCGAAUCAAACCCAUCAACGCGCUUGGCGUCGCACGACCUACUGGCCGCUGAUUGCGUUGGUGGUUGUCGGCGGCGGCGCGACGCUGCUGCUGGGGCUCGCGCUCUUCGAGCCGAUGAUCGAGUUGCUCUACCGCCUCGCCAACUAA